AGUGUGAGCAGUGAGGGGCAGUGUCCUUAUUAUGGCUGUCCCUCAGUCUGCAGUAUGGGAGGCAUGCUGAGGGCUGCUUCAUCCCUGAUAGACAGAAUAUCACAUGUUGGCUCAGCUCAGAGGACAUUUCUCAACAUGCCUUGGGAUUAAAAUACAAGAUGAACACCUGCACCCAGGAAACUUUCUGACUGCAGCUUCAUUUGAAGGUGGGUCAGCCCCUCUGACAACAACAAACUACAGUUCCCACAUUCCUCAGAUAGGAUGUUUCUGUGGGCAGGAAGUAAAGCAGCAGAUGGAAGAAAUGACCGCAGAUCCAUCUACCAGAAGAUUCGUGAAUAUGAGGUCCUGGACAAGAGGAAAACAGUGACAGCUCUGAGGGCAGGAGAGGACAGAGCCAUACUGCUAGGGCUCAGCAUGGUCUUCUUCUCUGUCAUGAUGUACUUUGUCCUGGGAAUCACCAUACUGCGCUCUUACUCUGACCGUGUAUGGACAGACGAGGCUAGCUGCACUAUUGUGAACUCCACCAUCGUGUGGGACGUUAACUGUUCAUACAGCUGUGGAGCAGAGUGUUGGAAGAGCUCCCGUUACCCCUGUCUCCAGGUCUAUGUGAGCCUCAACUCCUCAGGAAAAGUGGUACGACUGUUGCACAAUGAGGAGACGCAGGACAGCAAUCCUGAGUGCUUCUACACCCCAAAGUGCCACAAGGACUAUACAGCCAUACAUGUCAUAGUUCAGAACAUUUCUGAGCGUCUCAGGUCUCAGCACAUAGUUCAAUGUUUUGUGGACCCUACAGACAGAAUGGACAAUGCCAUCCUGACACAGAUCUACGGUUCGGUCGCCGUCUUUCACUCCCUAUUCUGGCCAACCUGCACCUUGAUUGGAGGAACCAUCAUUAUUGCCAUGGUGAAGCUGACCCAGUAUCUGUCCAUCAUGUGCGAGCGACUAAACCGCAUCAAGAGGUGAAGGGUACUGCUAUAAGUUCAAAAGGAAGUUUCCAUUAUAUGGACAUGAGGACAACCGAAGCAGCAUCAUGGGGCCAAGACUGAAGGACAGGGAGAAGGGAAAGCUGAGAUGAGGUGUGUCUGUGACAGCAGGAAUGUUGGAAAUCAAAGACAUGCAUCAGGGACAAUUUAAAAGGAGCUACACUGAUGCUGGUUCGCAUCUUGACACAUCAAAUGAGACCUGCUUUUGGUCAGUGAAUCAGCUCAGUGAAUCAAAACGAUUUGUACUAAUGUGACAUUCUGCGUCCUGUAGCUUUACAAAGCUAUUUGUUAAAGGAAUAGUUCAACAUUAAAUACGCUUAGCAGCUUCCUUGCAAAGAGUCUGAUGAAAAGAUCAAUACUACUCUCACAUUACAGUGGUUUCAGUCUACUCUUCUACCUUUUGGAAAUAAAAAGCAAAUAAGGUGUAUUUUCUAAAAUGUUAUGCUAUUUCUUUCUACUAUUCUCAGUCAGAUCUUUGAAGUUUGGUACCAAAAUGUGCAUUUCAGCUUUCCUGGGUCCUCUUAAAGGGCCAGUGUGUAAAAUGGGUUGAAAACAGUGACAUCAGUGGUCAAAUUCUAGAUUGCAGGGCUCACUUGCUCACCCCUCCCGUUGGGUAAAUGACGGUGGCCUCAUAGGGACAAAAAGCCUUGCGCACGAGUUUUUCAGGAGUAGGUCUAUCUAGCGAUGAGGUGAAUGUUUAUUUAGAAAUCUAAGUCAUGUUACGAUAUUGUAAUGACCCAGAGCCAUACCUGUUUGAGCC